AUGGCGCAUCGAAGAGCCAAAUUGCUGUUCCUUCUCUGCGCUCUCUGCUAUUCUCUCAACGCCUUUGCCGCAAAGAGCUAUUACGAUAUACUUCAAGUGUCAAAGGGCGCGGGGGAUGAUCAGAUUAAGAGAGCGUAUAGGAAGCUUGCAUUGAAGUAUCAUCCUGAUAAGAAUCAGGGAAAUGAAGAAGCUAAUAAGAAAUUCGCGGAGAUUAACAAUGCAUAUGAAGUGUUGUCAGAUAGUGAGAAGAGAAAUAUUUAUGAUAAGUAUGGUGAAGAGGGUUUGAAGCAGCAUGCUGCUGGUGGAGGAAGAGGUGGUGGGAUGAACAUGCAGGAUAUUUUUAACUCUUUCUUUGGCGGGGGAUCAAUGGAGGAAGAAGAAAAAAUUGUGAAAGGUGAUGAUGUUAUUGUUGAUUUGGACGCGACCCUCGAAGAUUUGUACAUGGGUGGUUCAUUGAAGGUAUGGAGGGAGAAAAAUGUUGUGAAGCCAGCACCUGGGAAAAGACGCUGUAACUGCAGAAAUGAGGUUUAUCACAGGCAAAUUGGACCUGGGAUGUUUCAACAGAUGACAGAGCAGGUCUGUGACCAAUGUGCUAAUGUGAAAUAUGUAAGGGAGGGAUAUUUCGUUACAGUAGAUAUUGAGAAAGGCAUGCAAGAUGGCCAGGAGGUGCUAUUUUAUGAGGACGGUGAGCCCAUAAUUGAUGGAGAAUCCGGAGAUUUAAGGUUUCGUAUCCGUACUGCACCUCAUGAUCUUUUCAAAAGGGAAGGCAAUGACUUACACACCACCGUCACUAUAACUCUGGUUCAAGCCCUUGUUGGUUUUGAGAAGACAGUCAAACACCUUGAUGAACAUCUGGUGGACAUAAGCGCAAAGGGAAUCACAAAUCCAAAACAAGUACGGAAGUUCAAAGGAGAGGGUAUGCCAUUGCAUAUGAGCACGAAGAAAGGAGAUCUUUACGUCACAUUUGAGGUUCUGUUCCCCACCUCACUAACAGAGGAACAAAAAACAAGUAUAAAAACAAUUCUUGGUUAG